AGGAGGAGACAGAGAGCGGCGGAGGAGGAGCCCCCCAGCAGCGAGUUGCGAGCGGCUGACCGCGGCCUCUGACCAGGACCGGAGUAGGGCCCCAAGCCCCCGGGCCCAGCGAGGGACGCGCAGUUUCCCACACCCUGUGUGUGCCUCCGCAGCUCCAGCUCGAGGAGCCCCCCGCCCCCCCACGGCCAAGAGGAGAAGAUGGGGAGCCCCGAGGAUGACCUGAUUGGAAUUCCAUUCCCAGACCACAGCAGUGAGCUCCUGAGCUGCCUCAAUGAACAGCGGCAGCUGGGCCAUCUAUGCGACCUCACUAUCAGGACACAGGGCCUUGAAUACCGCACCCACCGGGCUGUGCUGGCCGCCUGCAGCCACUACUUCAAGAAGCUCUUCACCGAGGGAGGGGGUGGGGCUGCCAUGGGGGCAGGCGGGGGUGGGACAGUCACUGGGGGAGCAGGGGCCGGUGUGUGUGAGCUGGACUUUGUAGGGCCUGAGGCCCUAGGUGCCCUGCUCGAAUUUGCCUACACGGCCACACUGACUACCAGCAGCGCCAACAUGCCCGCUGUCCUCCAGGCUGCUCGACUGCUGGAGAUCCCGUGUGUCAUUGCUGCCUGCAUGGAGAUUCUCCAAGGCAGUGGGCUAGAAGCCCCCAGCCCAGACGAAGAUGACUGUGAGCGAGCCCGACAGUACUUGGAGGCUUUUGCCACCGCCACCGCCUCAGGAGUCCCUAAUGGUGAAGACAGCCUCUCACAGACGCCCCUCCUGCCACCGCCGCUGCCACCGCCGCCGCCACGACCUGUUGCCCGCCGCAGCCGCAAGCCCCGGAAAGCUUUCUUGCAAACCAAAGGGGCCCGAGCAAACCACCUGGUCUCUGAGGUGCCCACGGUGCCCACCCAUCCCUUGACCUACGAGGAAGAAGAGGUGGUGGGCAGAGUGGCCAGCACCGGGAGCAGUGGGCUGGGGGACAGCUACAGUCCUCCCACAGGGACUGCCUCACCUCCCGAGAGGCCCCUGAGCUACGACGUCUGUGAGGGUGAGGAAGAGGAGGAGGAGCUGGCAUACCCCCCAGCCUACGGGCUGACGCAGGGCAGUGAGCCCCCGCUGUCCCCAGAGGAGCUGGGUUCCGAUGAAGACGCCAUCGAUCCCGACCUGAUGGCCUACCUAAGUUCCCUGCACCAAGACGCCUUGGCACCAGGCCUGGACGGCCAAGACAAGCUGGUGCGCAAACGUCGCUCUCAGAUGCCCCAGGAAUGUCCAGUCUGCCACAAGAUAAUCCACGGGGCGGGCAAACUGCCGCGCCACAUGAGGACCCACACCGGGGAGAAGCCCUUUGCUUGUGAGGUCUGUGGUGUCCGUUUCACAAGAAACGACAAGCUGAAGAUCCACAUGCGGAAGCAUACGGGAGAGCGUCCGUACUCGUGCCCGCACUGCCCAGCCCGCUUCCUGCACAGCUACGACCUCAAGAACCAUAUGCACCUGCACACGGGGGACCGGCCCUACGAGUGCCACCUGUGCCACAAGGCUUUUGCCAAGGAGGACCACCUGCAGCGCCAUCUCAAGGGCCAGAACUGCCUGGAGGUGCGCACCCGGAGGCGCCGCAAAGACGACGCUCCCCCGCAUUACCCACCACCCUCGACCACCGCAUCCCCUGCUGGUCUUGACCUCUCCAAUGGCCACCUGGACACCUUCCGCCUCUCUCUGGCUCGAUUCUGGGAGCAGUCGGCCCCUACGGGGCCCCCCGUGUCCACCCCAGGGCCCCCUGAGGAGGAGGAGGAAGAGGAGGGCACACCUACCACACCGCAGGCUGAAGGUGCCAUGGAGUCCUCUUAAAGAGGGAUGAGUGGCCAGGCUGGCCCAGCACAAGGCCGGGUACACCCAUGCCAAGCAGUGGGCGCACAGAAAAGAAAAAGUGGAGAUGGGGUCAGGGAUGCUGAGCCUCGCUGGCAUCAGAGUUGCCCCUUCCCCCACAGCCCUCAUUCCAAUUCCAAGCUACGGUUUUGGGGCACAGGCUCUCCAAAUUGGAGUGAUCACCCAAGGAGUUAUCCGUGAUAUUAUGUAUAUAUUUAUAGCUCUAUUGUAAAAGUGGGAUCCCUGUCUCCAGCUGCUCCUGGAGAAUAGAAGCAAUAAUGUAUUUCUGAUUUGUGGGGGUCCCAUUUCGGCUAUGCGGGUUUCUAGGGGGCCGGGGCUUGGGACCAAAGCCUUGCCCCACUUCAUGCCCCCCUGGGGGUUUUGGCUAUGUCAGGGGGUGAACUGCCCCUCCCUUCUGAGACCCCCACCCUUCCUUUCCUUCCUGGUUUCUGUUCCCUUUUCCUGGAAGUGAAUUAUGCCAAGGGGGAGAUGGCAAAGGAAGGGCAGGUGGGGGAGCGCAAGGUGGACACCUGAGAGACUGGGGGGACCGGGCCCGUAGGGAUGGAGCCAUCCCAGCUCCCCCUUCACCCCCCCCCCACCUCCAGCGCUGAGUCACGGGGUCCUAGGGAAGAAGGGGGCGGGGUGGCCUGAUUGGCUCACCCGCCCCUGGGGGCAGCGGGGCUCCACCCAGCCAGGAGCGCUCCUCGCUCCCCUCCCCCUGUCCCUGGGCAGGGAAUGUCUUGUUCUGGGCGCUCCCUCCCUGGGGCCAGAGGGCAGGGCGGGCCGGGCCGGCUCCUACUCCCUUCUCCCCACCUCCCCGCCCAGGUGCGAGCCGGAGCUGCCACCGGCUCGGCUGCCGCCCCUGACUCA